GAAUGCCCAAAUAUAACUUUUAACAACUCUUGGUACAUAAUUUCGGUAUAUGGAUGGUCCUGGAACUGGAACAGAGUCAUCUGCCAAAGCCAAGGAGGGGACCUAAUUUCCAUCGAAACCGAAGAAGAAUGGAAUUUCAUCAAUAACGAGAUUCAAAGGCGAAAUACUAAAAAAGGCUAUAACGACAGCUGGAGUAUUGGUUUAAGAAAAAAGGCCGGGAAUUGGACCUGGGUGAGUGGAAGACCGCUAACGUUUUGCAAAUGGGGAAGAGGGGAGCCAAGUGGUGAACACGAUGCGGCUUUCAUGUACAAGCGGUCCAUUAAUGGCGAACAGGGCGUGUUUGGUAGUGUUAAUCAGACACGUCGACGGAAGGCUUAUAUUUGUGAGAUUACAAAUGGUAAGUUAUUUGUGUUAUUUUUAUCAACGUAAAAAAGAGGCCUCACCAAAACGUUCUUUGCUGACGCAAAUACCAGUUGAUAUUUUUCGCACUCUAUGUCCUCCAAACGAAAAGCUGAGAGCGUAGCUACCGUUAAUCCGUUAAUCCAUUUGAUCAUAAACAAUACUUUAACGAAUCGAAUUUUUAAAUCUGCCUGCUCCACCUAAGCACUACGGGGCUUUUGAUAUUUUCAACGAUUUGAAUUAAGCUUUUUUCAAUUGCAAAAGUUAGGGUUGCGCUUUUCCCAGAUGCGACCCCUUCCUUGAAUAGCAAACAUUGCGAGAGUGUUCCGGCUAAAAAAAAAACUGUUGUUAUACAAAAACUAAAUAACAAUGCUAGAAGUCUUUUUCCAGCGAGAUGAUCAAGGUUAAACCAAAAAAUUCAAAAAGUAACGGACUCCUGAAAAGGGUCAGUAAAUUCAUUGGAGACAGUUUAAGAUAAAGUAAGAAAUGAAAACGUCAUAUUCAGUGGUUUAACAAUAAAUACUUGCGGAUAUUUUGCGAUUUGAGUGGCAUUUUCUAAGCCCCCUAAGGGCGAGUUGAAAUGACAAAAACUGGGCAAAAUGUGUACUCGUAUUAUAUGUUAAACGAGUAAUUCAGGAAUGUAUUAUUGCAUUAUUAUUUUAUUCACCAGUAUUUUCGAGAAACAUGCUACAGCCCUAUCAGAGCAUCGAUCACACAAGACGUGUGCGAAAGACGAAAUUAAUGCAAAGGAAACAUUAGGAGUGUUGUGCAUAACCAAUAAAAAAUCGAGCGGAUUUAAGAGUUUUGAUCGUUAAUAAAAGCCAUUUUGUUAUUCCGCUUUCUGUCCGUAUUUUUGCUUUUACAGUAUAAUACUAAGGCUUUUUUUCGUAUGAUGCGGUCUUGAUUAACAAUUUCCUUUAAAGAUUCAUCAACAUCUACGGAAACUCCGUUGCCUUUAUCAUCACUCGGAAUAGUACUUGCAACCACGCCAUCGCCAUCGCCGUCGCCGUCACCAUUGCCAUCGCCGUCGCCGUCACCAUCGCCCUCGCCGUCGCAGUCGCCGUCACUAUCGCCGUCACCGUCGCCGUCGCCGUCGCCGUCGUCGUCCUCGUCG